GCAUCGGACGACCUUUGGUAUUUCUUUGAGUCAGAAUGGGUUCGAGCCCCUGCCAUGGAUAUCUUCACAUCCUCCUUUUUGUGCUGCUCAUUUCUCUUCAAGGAAGCAACUCCUUCAUCUCCACACAGCAUGGUCUGCUCCGCUAUGCAUCAGUCGGCUCAAGACAGCAAGACCAUAUUUGUGUCAGGCAAUCUCGCUCCCUGAAGCAUCUUCGAAUCCCAAGAAUGCAGCAGAGCGACUUGGGAAGUGAUCGCAGUGACUGGCUGACGUUCAGGGAGAAGCUGGAAGAACAGUAUCUGACCACUGGCAAAGAAGGCAAGGCUGGAGUAAAGAGGCUGAACAACGCGGCCGAUAAAGCACAGACAACGUCGAAUGUUUGGAAGUACGAUGUAGGCGAAUUAGUGCAAGCCGGGACCUUGCUGUUUUCGAUCAACACGCACAGCCCACAUGUCGACCAACAGUUUCACAAAAGUUUAGUGCUCGUCCUGUCCCACACCCCGCGUUACACACAGGGGAUCAUUCUCAACAGGCCAUCUCAAUUCUCGACGGAGAAUGGAUGGAGGCUGUGGCAUGGAGGCAACAUCCAAGGGUUCUCUGCUCCACGGGACUUGAAGCACUAUCUUUGCUUGCACAAGUUAGAUGGAGAGGUAGCACAAAGAGUAUCAGCUAAGAUAGUAGACGGCGUCUACUUCACCUCCCUCAACUCAGCUGAGUCCCUUGUGCAAGCUGGGCAUGCGAGAAAAGAAGACUUUGUCGUCUUCUUGGGAUAUGUUGGGUGGGCAUCUGGGGAUCUUGAAGCUCAGGUUGAUUCCGGACUCAACAGGAACUGGUUCAUAGCAUCCGCGGGCAAGUCAACCAAGUCGCAGGUCUGUCAGGCCUGCCAACAAGUCUGCAAGGAAUACUCCAAGAGAUGCAACAACUGCGUGAGGAAGUCGACGGUCUCGUCGGACGUUCUGCUGGCCCGCAUACUCGACGAUUUGAAAGGUUUCAGCUCUACAGAGGAGGAGGCGGGGAUCGACAUAUGGGAUACUUGGAUGUCUGCUGUUGGGCUUGGGAGUUUCUCGGCGAAAUCUCAGUCAGAGUUGGAGGACGCGAUGAUGAAGGAGUGGGCGAGGAGGCUGCUGAUUGACAGGCCCGAGGAGAUCCGAAUUCCACAGCAUACCCUCCCGAGCCUCAAGGCUGGCUUGCUCCUCCGGGCCAACGGCCCUGCACCUUUCAUCUUCGCUCGAGAGUAUCUGCACAAGUCGGUUGUGCUGAUUCUUGAAGACAACCGAGAACAGACGGUUGGAGUUGUUCUCAACAGACCGAUGCGAACCUCAGCUGUGAAACUCUCCAAGUUCUCUCCUGAUCUCUUCGGGGGGCGCUGGCUGAGUUUUGGCGGAGAAUAUUCGGCAGGAAACCUUUCCCUCAUAGCGAUCCACACGUCGGAACAUCUGGCGAGACAGAAGAUCGGCAUGAGAGUGUCUGAGGACUCUCAAUUCUACAUUUGCUCCAUGGCAGACGUGUCAAAGUCCGUGUCUUCGGGGCAAGCGACGGAGAGUGAUUAUCUGUUCACCAGCGGGUUCUGUGUGUGGCCCAAGCAAAAGGUGGAGGAGACAAAAAUCUCACAGGACAUGUUCUACGGCAGUUCGAUCCCUUCAGGCACCAUGAGCGACUUGCUGGCUAAGGAGAUGUUCGUCCCGGUAGACCAUCUCAGCGUCGACGAGUGGACCCACCUCAGAGGCCAGCAGCAGCCCGUGUCCCGGUCCCGGAGGCUCCUUCAGCGAUGCGAUCGAAUCAGUGGAAGGUCAUUCCGACGAGGGAAGCUGGAUUGGGAAGGCGGAGAUAGAGGGUGUAAGGGAGUACAGCUGGGGUGUGACGUGUGGGAGUCGUGCGUGCAGAGGGAGGGAGCGGAUGCUGGAGCAGGCGCGUCGGGCCCUCACGCUCUCUUUGACGAGGAGGUUCUUGGUGACAUCGCACUGUGCAACUACGUGGAAAGGAACCUGCGGGCCAAAAGAGACACCAGGCGCUUCGGGCGGGUGCGGGUGCUGAAGGUUCAAUGAAGACAAGGC